AUGGCCCCGGCCCGCUUAAAGGCGGCGGCGGCCGCGCCGCGGGCAGAGCGAGGAGCCUCUGCCGGCCGCCGCCGGCCCGGAGCCGGCGCGAAGAUGCCCCGGGGCUUCCUGGUGAAGCGCAGCCGGCGGCCCACCCCUGUGUCGUACCGGCCGCGCUGCUGCCGCGAGGCCGCCGCCGGCCCGCCGCUCCCCGCCGGCGCCGCCCCGCCGCCUACCUGCCCCGCCGCGCCGCCGCCCCCGCCGCGGGACUCGCCGCCGCCGGUGCCGUUCGGGACCCCCGAUGCCGCCGUGCAGGCGCUGUACAGCCCCACGCGGCCCGUCAGCAGGGACAAGUACCUGGAGCGCGGCUUCAGCCUGGGCUCUCCCGUCUCGGCCGAGUCCUUCCCCGCACCGGCCGUGCCCGGCACCAUGGACCCGAUCCUCUUCGCCCCGGCUGACCUCAAGCUAUGGGCCGCUGCUGGCCACGCCGAACCGCCCGCCGCCCACCCCGGCCCCGGUGGAGCCCCCGUGCCUCCCGCGCCGCCCGCUUCGGGCCGCCCGCUGCCCGCCAAGCGCCCGCCGGGCGCGUCCGAACCCGGGCGGCAGAAGGCUUCGUCGGGCAAGAAGACGAAGGCGAUCCGCAAGCUGACCUUCGAGGACGAAGUGACCACCUCGCCCGUGCUGGGGCUGCGCAUCAAGGAGGGCCCGGUAGAGGCGCCGGCCAAGGCGCGGAGCGGCUGCGCCCGUCCGCUCGGCGAGUUCAUCUGCCAGCUCUGCAAGGAGGAGUACGGGGACCCCUUCGCGCUGGCUCAGCACCGCUGCUCCCGCAUCGUCCGGGUGGAGUACCGCUGCCCCGAGUGCGACAAGGUCUUCUCCUGCCCCGCCAACCUCGCCUCCCACCGCCGCUGGCACAAACCGCGUCCGCCCGCCACCAAGAGCGGCCCCGAGGCGGGCCGAGCACCGGCCGCGGGCCCGAGCCCGGCCCCGACGGAGGAGACGCCGAAGGAGGCGAGCGGCGGCAGCGGCAGCGACCGGGACACGCCGAGCCCUGGCGGAGCCUCGGAGGCGGGCUCCGAGGAGGGGCUCUUCGAGUGUCCCCGCUGCGCCAAGCGGUUCCGCCGGCAAGCCUACCUGCGCAAGCACCUGCUGGGGCAUGCCGCACCCGCACCCACGCCAGCCCCGGCACCCGCACCGGCCCCGGAGCCCAGCACCGAGGAGCUGCCUGCCGCCGAGUGCCGCCUCUGCCCCGUCUGCGGGGAGACCUUCCCCAGCAAGAGCAGCCAGGAGCGGCACCUGCGCCUUCUGCACGCCGCCCAGGUCUUCCCCUGCAAGUACUGCCCGGCCACCUUCUACAGCUCUCCCGGCCUCACCCGGCACAUCAACAAGUGCCACCCCUCGGAGAACCGGCAGGUCAUCCUGCUCCAGGUGCCGCUGCGCCCCGCCUGCUGAGCCGCCCGUGCCUUCCCCGCCGCCCCGCGCUGCUCCCCCGGGGCCGCCACACGAUUAGCUUUAAUACGGCUUGUGACCUGCUGGAAUCUGGCUUUACACUUACCUUCCCGGGGUCUCUCUCUUCUUUUAUCUUUUUUUUUUAUUUUUUAAUUUUUUAAACAUUUUGUUCCUUUGCUCUGGUUUUUAUCGAUGUGAACAGAUCAAACUGCUCGAGAGAAACAAGCGUUUCCUUUAGUGUAGCCACAAAUGCCUUGACUCUGCUGUUGAUGGUCUCCAGAAAAUGCUGUAGAAACUGCCUUAACUGUGACAUGCCAACUUUCUGUUUCUGUUCGUUUUGCCCUUACUAAGGUAGUUCAUGAGUUGUCUAUCUGUAUAUGUUGUUUUGAGUAAUUAUGUUAUUUAUUCGUUAUUUAUUUAUAUUAAUUAUGAAGAUUGAUAUUAUUUGAUUGCAGAUAUUCUAAUGUGCUUUUUUUGUCUCCCCGCCUGCCAUUUCACUGU